AGAAAACUGAAGGUUCUCCAACUUGCACCGAUCACGAAGCGGGGAAAUUCGUGCUCGUGCGGGGUCACGCUUCCCAAAGCUCCCCGUGCCUCUCACUUUUAUCCUCCUAGAGCUUGCUUUCACCGAAACUCACUCAUCGUGAGGGAAAAUCUUCAAUUGAUCAUUCUCACCAUGUCCAGCCAAGCCGCCCAGCUGCCUAUACUUGACCACUUCGUCAUUCUCGUGUCUCAUAAUGAUUUACUUGGAAUCUCUCAGCAGCUGGACGGUCAAUUCAAUCUUGCACCAGGCGGUAACCACGCUGAUGGACUCACGACAAACAAAUUGGUUCUUCUCCCAGAUGGAUCUUACCUUGAGUUCAUUGCAUUCUUCGACGACGUGGACCCGAACAGACGACGCAGUCAUCGCUGGGGAAAUGAAACAGAAGGCACCAUCAUCGACUGGGCUUUCACCCUACCUUCGGAGACCGAUUUCGGCGUUGUGCAAAGCCGAUUUCAAACUGCCAAUAUUGGUACAUCUUACACGGAUCCCAUUCCCGGAGGUCGCACAAGACCGGACGGCACUGUAUUGAAAUGGGCAGUCUGUACACCUAAGAAGGGUGACGGGGAUGCAGUGACCCCGGGAACCAUGCCUUUCUGGUGUCUCGACAGGACGCCCCGUGAAAGGCGCGUUCCUUAUGAGUUGGAACCGAACUUGACUAAACACCCAAAUGGAGUGCAAGGUGUCAGCUCUGUAUCCGUGCAAGUUCCUCAUGGGGAGAUACCAAACUUGAGGAAGGUUUACGAUGUGAUAUUCGGCGGUCCUUGGAAAUAUAAUGCUCAUUCUGGCUCGACAUCCGGCAACCAUAUUGUUUCUCUCUCUGGCGGCGAGAAAGCUAUUAAGUUAGUCUUUUAUGGAUCCAAUCCUGGCAAGGUGUCCCUAUUGCCUGGUCUUGUUCUGGAGAUCGAGAGUCUCCCGAAUUGAUUGUUCAAUAGGAUAUGUGUCAACAACAGGACCAGAUAGUGAAUGACGAGUGGCAGAAAGGCCCAAUGAUGUACAUUCCAGAUUCAUCAUAGACUUGAUGUUAUAAGCCCAUUGAAUAUAUCGGAUGGCAUUGACGAGAUGACAGAAUAGUUCAUAGCACGACAAGGCUAGUUCUAUUGAGUAUCUCCCCCCUUCAAUACAAAAU